UUGUUCAUUAUGGAGAUGUGCACUUCAUGAUCUUUUCUUGAGAACAGUUCACUCUCGUGCAAUCUGUGGCCCAUUCUCUUUGGGUUCUGGUGUAAUCUUUUGAAUCUUAUGGUUGUUUCUGUGCUGUAUUGUUCUAAUAUAGUGAUCCUGUACUGUCUAAUACAGUGAUUGACUAACUAGCCAAAGCCCAAGGGUGCUUCUUGUCUUUAUUCUCUUUUGAUCUUAAGUCUUAAUCAUCUAUGCUGCCAUCCUAGUUUCCUUGGUUCUUGAUGGUGCGCGAUCUGGAAGCUCCAAGCUGUAAGAUUAUUUGGAUGCUGGUCACUUCGCGAGGUGGGUUAAAGUACAAGAAGACGAAUCAGAGAACCUGGGGUGGCUAACCCGGCGAGGUCGCUCCAAUGCUUAAGUUAGUAUUGUACUUUGGUAGCGAGUUGAAAGCUUGAACGCAAAUAGCUAGUGAGCAAGUAAUCGCGCAUACCUUGUGCUAUGGGGGUUAACACCCUUAUAUAGCUGAGUUGUCGUGAGCCCCAAGGAGCCUCUCCGGGAUCUUCUGACCAGGUGGUAGGAGUCUGUUCCAUUUCAGAAGGUGGCCAAUGUGCUAGUUGAUAAGGCUUAUUGUGUCCAUCCGAUUCGGGCGGAACGAGGAUAAGGCCUACGGUUAUGCUGUAUGAUCCCGAAAGGCUCGGGGAUAGCUGGCGAUCUUCUAGAAUCCGUUACAUGUCACUUUGGCGCAUGUGGUCACCAAGGUCCCCUGGCUUCGGUACUAUCCGAAGCGACUGAAGUACCCAAGGUGUCCUGGUUUGCCGAGGUAGCGAGAAGUGCUAAGUCAUUGUCUGGCUGGCAGGUCGCGUCCACAUGUCCUCUGUUUAUUAGGUCGGGCCAAAUCACCCCUCAUCAAUUGCCCCCCACUCCCCGUGCCAGGGGUCCCAACCCAGUGUGGGGAGUUCAUGACAAGCCUAGAAGGAUUUGGCCCGAGUUCUCUUGGUUGGGAGGGAAAUCCUUCGGUCGGACCACAUUAACUCGAUUGGCUCAAUCAGGAUAACCCAAAUCGUGUACCGGGGACGUACAGACGUCACGUAGUUUAUAGGUUCCACAAAUGCCAAAGCGCGUGCUCAACCGGUUUCCAUGAGAGCCAUCGAUUGUACAGAUCUCGACCAUCUAACCUUGGGCAUGGUGGUUAUAAAUAGGGGCCUAGGGGGCCCAUUUUUCUCGCCACAUAUCGCGUAUUCAAGUCCUUGAGGUCGCGCAUCUAUCUCUAGGUCGGUGCCAAUUAACCUUGUGUCCGAGGUCAUCCAUUCUCUUUGGCUUUUUGGUGAGUUUGUCUUGUCUUUGUUUUCGUUCCCUGCUUGUCUUUUUCCAAUUAGUUCGAUAUGUCUAGUGUUAGCACGGGUAGCCUUUAUGACUUGAGUGAGGAGUCCGCUGAAGUCGAGGUGGGGACCUCGACACAGGCUAAAGAGUCGAACCCUGCCAAGGCGAGCGCUUCGGUAUGUGGUUCGGACUCCAACCCGUCCAAGGCGGACGCACAUCGGCAAGAAUGCGAGGCUUCUAGGAAGGGAGCCUCCACCUCGCGCUGCACUCGGGGCCCAGAUAGCUUCAGUCCUUCGACAAUGAUGGCUGAUAGGCACCUAGCCUUGAUUGCUCGCUACAAGCUCCCUGACGACCUAGUGUAUAGCAUUCCCCUAGGAAGGUAUCCUUGGGACCAUGAUCACAACAAGAUUGUGGUAUUUGAGGAGUAGCUCGCGGCCGGCCUACGUUUCCCACUUCACCCCUUUAUCAUUGAGGUCGUCAAGUUUUUUGACAUUACCAUAGAUUAGCUCCACCCCAACUCGAUCCGCAACAUUGUAAGUACCAUCUCCCUCUUCCAUGACUAUAAUAUGCCUUUGACCCUCGACAUCUUUAGUUCGAUUUGCUCCAUCAAAAAGAAUUUUGCCUGUGUCCUCCCAGAGCACAGGCGUAGCUACUACAUCUCUCCCCGACCUGGUUACAAGAUCUUGAACGACUUCCCCAAUAAAGUCCUGGCCUGGAAGAAGCGCUACUUCGUGGUUCGUAAUACCAUGGGGUGGCCAUUUUCAACUCACUGGAGGCCUGCCAUUCAGGACCCCGACAUCAAGUUAGACAAGGAGACAAGGGCGGAAGUCCGCUCUUGGGCGAAGAUUGGAAUGAAGCUAGAAGACUUCUUGUCCAAAGAAAAUCUCAUAAAAUCCGGGCUGAGUCCUCCUGGAGCUAUGGAGGAUAUCCCCACAGGUGAACUCUUCAGGAGCAUGAAGAAAGGGAAGAAGAGGAGGGCAUCCAAGAAGGCCAGCUCUCAAGAGACCGCCACCCCGCCUGCCGCUGAUGCUGUUGUCACCGAGGACCCUCUGGUGAUCGACUUGGUCGAGGAAGAUCGCAGUAAGAAUUCCCCGCCUUGCCUGCCUGAGGAGAUCCCAACGUCUGAGCUCCAAGCUGCCCACGAAGCCAGCUCAUCAGGAGAAAGCUUCGAAGUGCUUCCAAGCAUCAUGGACCCGAAAUGUAGCCUCUUCAAGAGCAAGGAAGCAAUCUACUCGGCAGAGGUCGCUCAGAUUUCUGAGCUCUCGAUCGGUGAACUCGGGCAUAAGGUCGUAGCCAUUGCAUGGUGUAGGUGAACUCCAUGAUUCACGCUUUAGUUUGGAAAUCCGAUGUACAUCUGAAGAGAGCCCUAUAAGCCGAAGACUCCUCUAUGAGCACUCAACACGAACUGAACAAGGCCCUUGGUCAAAUCCAUAAGCUGGAGAAAGACAUGCGGGCUCAGAAGGAACUGAUGAAGCAGCUGAUGGGGGAAAAGAAGGAUUUGGAAAAAGAGAAGGAGGAUCUUCAAGCUCUUCUACAGGAGCGCGAAGCUAUCUUCAGUGAUGCGAUCAAGGAGGCCGUCAAUAAAGCCGUUGAGGCCUACAAGAGUUCACAAGAAUUACGUGAGCUAACGAUAAAGACCGGCACGACUGCUUACCGGAAGGGAUUCAAACUUAGCAAGUGGCUGAUGUGGCGUGAGUUUCCCGAGCUCGACCUCAAGGCUAUUACCACGAUCGAGGUCACUAAGGAAAUGGCUGACAAGGCGGCAAAGGACCCUGACUCCAAAGAGGGGAGUGACAACGACGACUUCGGUGAAGAGACAACGGAAGAGAUAGCUAGAGAUACCGCUGUUGGGGAUGCUAUGGAGAUCGAUCUGCCCAGGGAUGUUGCUGGUGGGGGCGAGGAGCCCCAGAAGGACUGACUUUACUUGCCUCUUCUCUUGGACCUCCCAUAAAUACUUGAUGUCCCAAGCCUCCAAGGUCGAUUAACUAGCUGUAACUUCCCUUUCUUUUUUGAAUGUACUGAAACUACACCUUGAAUGAAUCAAAUCUUUUUGUUUUC